UUCCUCAAACAUAGAAAAACCUCGUCUGUGUCAGUCCCGUGUCCUGAUUUCAGAGUGAGUUGGCACAAAUGUCUGACGGAGAGCCUUUGUUGUGUGGUGGUCCAAAUAAACACCUGGCAUGCCAUAGGACAGCUAAACCGCAUGUGGACCCUCAGUUUGUGGAAAACUUCAGGAGAAAACUGAAAUAUUUCUUCAUGAGUCCAUGCCAGAAAUACAAAGCCAGAGGUCGUAAGCCAUGGAAAAUGAUUCUGCAGAUACUUAAGAUUGUCAUUAUUACCUGUCAGUUAGUCUCUUUUGGUCUGAGCAACGAGAUGAUGGUCACCUUCAAAGAGCAAAAUCUCAUUGCCUUCAAACAUUUUUUCCUAAAAAAUUACCAGGACAGAAAUAAAGAUUAUGCCUUGUACACAAGACAUGAGGUUAAAGACCACGUCCUAUACAUAAUCGGAAGGUAUCUACACCUACAAAACCUGAUGGUUGGUAAUCACGCAUUCGAGAGAAUCAAUGACGUGUUCACUCCUCUGUCUGUCUGUCAAGAGUUAUAUCGACAUGCUAGCGUUUUACCAGCCAACGAGACCUUUGAUAUUGAUCCACGUGUAGAGACAGAAUGUGUUUCUAUCUAUCCCUUAUCACCCUACAAGAAGGAUAGUAUGGAAAAUGAAGUGAACCUCACUUUAGAUUUCCAAAGGUUGUUAGCGGUAAACGUCUAUCUCAAAGUCAAGUCUAUCAACCUUCAAACAGUACGUCAUCUGGAGUUACCAGACUGCUAUGACUUUAACAUUAAUAUCAAGUUUGACAAUCAUGCACACAGUGGACAAAUCAGGAUAUCUUUAAGCAGUGAUGUUCAGAUAAAAGUCUGCAAGGACUGGAAUGUUUCAGGCUCAACAGAACUUCACUAUCGGCUCAUCGUACUGUUUGACGUUGUGGUCAUCUGCUCCUGUUUGCUCUCGCUCAUCCUCUGCACACGCUCAGUCUACAACGGCAUUCACCUGCAGUUUGAGUACACCAAAUUUGCAUCUGUUUACCACAGUAAAAGAGUUUGCUGGUCUGAGAGAAUGGAGUUCAUCAACAGCUGGUACAUUCUCUUCAUCAUCAGUGACACGCUGACAAUUGCAGGAUCAGUUCUGAAAAUAUGCAUUCAGAGCAAGGAACUGACGAAUUAUGAUGUGUGCAGUAUUUUGCUAGGGACGGCAACAAUGCUCGUGUGGAUCGGAGUAAUGCGUUACCUGAGUUUCUUUCAGAAAUAUUAUAUCCUCAUCCUCACGCUGCAGGCUGCACUUCCUAAUGUCAUCCGAUUCUCCUUGUGUGCUGUUAUGAUCUAUCUUAGCUAUUGCUUCUGUGGAUGGAUCGUUUUGGGGCCUCACCAUGAAAACUUUCGGACGUUUAUUAUGGCAGCUGACUGUCUUUUUUCCAUGAUUAACGGCGAUGAAAUCUACUCAACCUUCACCAAGCUCCGGAACAAGAAAGAUCUGGUGUGGCUGUUCAGCAGAAUGUAUAUCUACACCUUCGUCCCUCUCUUUACAUACAUGAUUCUGAGCCUCUUCAUUGCCCUGAUCACAGACACUUAUGAAACCAUUAGGCAUUAUCAGAAGCAUGGAGCACCGUUAUCAGAGCUGCAGGCUUUCAUAGCUGAAUGCCAGGACCCACCAAACUCAGGGAAGUACAUGAUGGAUGAGGAAUCCUCCACCUUUUGGUGCCUUUGUGCCCCUUGUGUGAAUUGCACCUGAAACUGAUGAGAAAACUGUACCUUGCUCAGCAUUGAAUGCAUUGCUGCAAACCAGUGGAUCUUGAUUGGUGGGUUGUGAAUAGAAAUGAGUCACAGAUCUUUUCUUACAGGAUCAUGGACAGCACGCAUAAAAUAAAACAUGCAUAUUUUGAAAGGGAGGAGAAAAAUUUAGCCGUAUGUUGCCUGUAUGUAGCUAAUGGAUUGAAAAGUAAGAAUGACUUUGGGAGGAGUAGCAUUUUAUUUACUUAUGUAUUAUUAUACUAUAUAGAAUUUACCAUAUAUGGUUCCAGAUGAUAAUGAUAAUUUAUAACCAAGCUAUAUAUGAAAUAAAAUACACAUGAAUAGCACAGUUAAAUUAUACUAUGAAAAUACAAGUUAAACUAUGCAAAGCAAUAUUCAGCAGUCUUAUGACUGUUUACUGAGAAUAAAAGGCAUGUGUUUGAAUGCAUUUUGUUCUGUUCAUGUCUGUGGUAUCUGCUAACAGUCAGAAACUCAAAAGGCAAUUCAUUUUUGUCAAUAAGUUGACAAAACAAAAGUGAUCAAGUGUCUCUGUCAACUCAGACUUUGUUCUUGAGUUCCUGAUUAACUAUCAAGCGCGUGCACACACGAACAUAUGACGUCAGCAGCAGAUAACCAGACACUUGCUGUAAAAUAUGGUAAAACGUAGUUAUGUUAUAGGCCAUGGUCACAAAGCCUUAAGGACAAAACAUUAAAUAUUUAGGA